UUUAAGUUUUGCUGGAUGUAAAAAACAAAAAAAUUAUAUUUCAUCAUGUUUGUUUUCAGAAAAGUAAUUGAUACAAAUUUACUAGGCAAUGCAAUUAAAAACAAUCAUUUUGUGAACAUAUUUCGGGAUCUCACUGGCAGGCCAGUAUUACGCACAAACCUAAAUUUUAAAAAUGUUAUGAAGUGCAACUUCUCAAAAUCCAUGAUUUUCACUAACUAUCAACCUAUCCCUAUACCAGCUUUUGAUGUGCAUGAAACCAUUUCACCUAUGCAAAGAAAAAGAGUGAUGAGAAAGAAAAAAGCUAUGGAAGAUCAAGGGAUGAAAUCAGGGAUUUACAAUGUUGUAGCACUUGGAACUGCUGAGGAAUAUAAUUUAGAAAAAUUAGCUGAUGGCUUGAAACAACAGGAUUUGUAUGAGGCCAAGUCUGUUAAAAAUGAGGCUGACGUUUUACAUGCUAUUGCUAAAUACAAAGUUGGUGAAGAACCCAGAGAGAUAUUCUUUUUCAGAGAAGGUAGUGUUGUUUUAUGGAACAUUGAUGAUCUUGAAAGUAGCAGUAUCUUGGAAUUAUUGAGACAAUAUGAGGCUCACAGCUACUCAGAAAGACUGGUACAAGCAGAAAAAGAAAUCAUGAACUAUCAUUAUCAUUCCCUGGAGAAAGAAACAAGUUGCUUGGAUAAAGAGGGCAUUUUCAUCCUCUCACCAGAUGUAAAGGAUAUAACUAGGGUCAAAUAUACAUUUUCUAAUGCUAUGAUGCUAAGUGUUAAGCUAGGGAUUUGGGAAGAUUCCCUGGAAAAGUACAUUGAAGAAAUUGAGUUUGUUACAGAAGAUUUGAAAAGGGGUGCCAAAAUUCGGAUGUCAAGGGAAGCAGUGCUUCAGAAACAUGGAGAAUUAUUUGCUCUCAGACAUUAUUUAAAUCUUAGUUCUGAUGUCCUAGAUACUCCAGAUUUUUAUUGGGAUAAUGAAGACUUGGAGCACUUGUAUAAUCAAGUCUGUGCAUAUUUCUCUAUCAACAAAAGAACAAAGGUCAUGAAUGAGAAAAUAAACCACUGUGUAGCAUUGAUAGAACUGUUAUCUUCUCACUUGAGUGAUAAACAUCAUGUUAGAUUGGAAUGGAUGGUUAUAAUUCUGAUCAUGUCAGAGGUUAUGUUUGAAAUCAUCCACUACAUUGACAGAUAUGUCCAUUGAGUGGGAUUAUUGCUGACCAGAGCUCAGUUUUUAGUGGAGUCUCAGACGAAUUAACAUGGUGGAAAUCCACCAUGGUUUAUGUACUGUGAUUUUGGUCAAAUUCUACCAAAGUUUUUUUGUCAUUGUAAUUAUAUUGUGCCUCAUGUAUAUUUAUAAAUUAUAUUAUUAUGUUAUUGGUAGGUAGUUUGAUAUAUUUUUAGUAUGUAAAUAAAAAUACCACUAUUGAUUCCUUUAAUUUGCCACCA